UUAUGUAGUUGAUGUUGUCAGGGGUACAGUCAACAGUAAGCGCAUCUACAUGAAAUAUGGAUUAUCCCAUUGCAAGUUGAGUCCUUUCGGAUAUUUAACACGGUCAUAGAUAGUGUUGCCUUUUAUUGUAUCUAAAGGAAAACAACCUGUCGUCGUGUCUGAAGAAGGCAGGCUCACUCGCUUAGCUAACCUACUGUACUUGCAUGCUAGCUAAGCUAACGUUAUAUGGGUGAAAUGAAUGUUAGUAGCUAGCUACAUAGUUAGCUAUCUUUGCAUGUAUGAUGCUGUUGUCAGCUAUCGUUAGCUAACGCUAGCACACAGUGGCAGAACAGCCAGCAUAUGUACAUCUCCACGAAUAUCCUGCCAGACAUUUAGCUAGUCAUGGAUUAUAGCAAUCGACAUAUCCAUUCAGAAAUGGAUGAUGAAUCUCAGGAAAGCAUGGAUGCGUGUGGCGACUCAUCACCGUAUGUGCCCCCGCACCUCCCUCCAAUGCCUGGCCGAGAGCGGCUUCAGAUUCAGAAGAGCAAUGUCUGCUCCCGGGCUUACUUCGUGGUGGUCAUGGUCUUCUUCCAUGUUUACAUCAUAAACAUCAUUGGGCUGUUGUUCUACGUACACUACAAUAACAGUCCGGCGGAUAUUGUCAGCGCCGACGGGGACACAUCGGCAUCUAGCAGCGGGGUUGACAGCCGCCUGUCCCCGUCAGACCCACCUCAGCAAGACCCUGACCUGGAUGUCCGUCAGAGCUUCAGUCUACCACGCAUCGAGGGGAUACGGGUGGGUCAUGUCCAGAGGGUGUCACUCAAGCCUGACAGAAUCCAGGAAAUGAAGACUCUCAGCCUCAAGCCUCUGCUCUUUGAGAUUCCUGGCUUCCUGUCUGAGGAGGAGUGUGGUGUGGUGGUGCAGCUGGCCCAGCUGAAGGGUCUGAUGGAGAGCCAGGCCACAGUGCCACCAGGAGACCAGGAGGAGGAACUGCAGCCACUGCUCUCCCUCAGCCCCGAGGAGACCUUCAGCCUGCUAGACCUGGACCAAGACGGACUACUGCAGAGACAGGAAAUCUUGAGCCACUCUCGUUCACGGGACGGGACCUGGCUGAGCCCAGAGAACUUACGACAGAUACUCACCGGCCAGGAGGCCAGCCCAGCAGGUGUGUUAACUCUAGAGGAGUUCAGGCGUGUGUGUGACGGCAUGUCCCAGCAUCCCUUGCAGCAACGAGGCGGAACAAGGCGGGGCCAACCGAAAAGGAAGAGCCGACACACCUGGCUGUAUCAGGGACCAGGAUCACACCACAUACUACACGCACUGAGGAAUAGGGUGACCCAUCUAGCGCGUCUGCCCUCCCCAUUGGUUGAGCUGAGCGAGCCGCUGCAGGUGAUUCGCUACGAGCAGGGAGGCUUCAGCCACGCCCACCACGACAGUAGCCCCUCCCAUCCAGAGACCACCUGCUCACACACACGCCUGGCCGGAAACACUUCGGCACACACCGAGAUCUCCUGCAGGUACAUCACUGUGUUACUCUACCUGAACUCUGUGGAGGGAGGCGGAGAGACCACUUUUCCUGUGGCAGACAAUCGCACCUAUGAGGAGGAGGCAUUAGUGCAGGGUGGUGUGGAUCUGACAGACACACAGCAGAGCUGUAACAGAGGAAACCUCAGGGUGAAACCAACAGCUGGGACUGCUCUCCUCUGGUACAACCAUCUCUCUGAUGGCAAAGGUUGGAUGGGUGAGCUGGAUGAAUACUCCCUCCAUGGGGACUGCCCUGUGACCCGAGGGGUGAAGUGGGUAGCCAACAGCUGGGUGAACGUGGACCCAGACCACCAGCGCCAAGCCCGCUACCAGAGACUGGUGACCCACAGACAGGAGGGCGAGCCGGGCAGAGAGGAGCGGGAAACCCCCCUCCCUCACAGCAACCACCACCAGGACCUGUAGUACUGUAGCUAGGGCUACUGGGAACACACUGUGGGGAGAUGCACACGUUCCUUUAAGCACAYGGGCAAAUCACUAUUUCCGCUUAGUCAUGUUGCAUUGAUGUCAAUGGGAGACUAAGUGAACAUUUGACUUAAUGGCAGUUAGGAUUUGCCCCUCAGAAUAUCUGAAAAGACAAAGUACCUGUGUAAUUAAUUGAAUUCAAAACCCAGUUCUAAUUACACAUGCAGACAUUUUAGUUGCAUUUGUCUGUUUUUCAGUCAUAGUUAUGGUUCUGAGGGAUCCAUUCUUGUUUUAAAUGUAGUWUUCACAGCAAAUUGAGCCAAAUUAGAAUCUAAUCAGAUGACCCAUCUUUCUAUGUCUUCCUGACAGGCAGAUUUGAUGCGGGAUUGUAUCUGUAUAGUUCUGUCUAUUUCUUUCAUGAGUGAUGUGAUGUUCUGACAGUAUUUGUCAACAGACAAAUACAAGGGUGCUAGUGGGCUCGAGGAAGCCCAAUAACAAAGCAGGCCCCUGGACCUCAAGCAUUAGAUAUUUACGUUGGCCCAGCCCAAUGUCUUUAGGGAACCCCAAGAGUCCAUGUGUAACCGGUGUGACUGUGUUGCUAACAGCUUCACUUCCUCCACUGUCCCUGUCCUCUUCCUAGGCUUGAACCAGUGGUCCACUGAUUCCAAACACGUGUCCGCCUGCUUGACGUACAAACCAGUUGCGCCACAGAAAAAAKGAUCAAAUUCAAUGGCCCCAUUUCAAGCUGUGGAUGAGUUUAUCCAGUACAGUUUGACUCCAUUACACAUCUGUAAUACAAACCCUGUUUCUAUGUUACAGUUCCUGUCUGGUGGUUGUGUUACGAUGAUGAAGAACCACUCAUUCUCAAACCAGCUGUCCUUUCAUACAACUCCUUGUUAARGAUGGAACCCGCGUUAGGGGAAACAGCGCCACUGUCCGUCCCCAGCACCUUUCGUCAUUGUUUUAGUUUGGACAAAACGGGGGUGAGGUGCGUUGAGCAGUGUGGUUAAAAACCCUAAAACAUGCAGUACAUAUUCUGCUGUUACGUCGCGCCUGCAAUGAUGUUUGAGAGGCAGAAAAACUGAUUUACAGUAACUUCUUUGUUGUUGUGAUAAUAGUUAUUUUUCAAUGUCUGCUUGAUUCAGGAUUCAGAUAAGUGUGUUUAUUUAUUUGUUUAUUUAUCUAUUUGUUGUAUUUGAUUAUUUAUUAUCUAUGUAUUAUUAUUUAUUAACUUAAUAAGGUGAUUGAUGAAUGUAUCAUUAUUACUUGACUGGUUGAUGUUGCAUUGAGUCUAUUACAGUUGUUGUUCACUGUAUACAUACAAUAAGUCAUGGAAAACAAUACAAUUUGUAUGCUUU